AUGUUCCUUCCUACCACUACACUGGACCCGACAAUGCAAAGUCAAGAAUGCUGGCGCAAAAAUCACGAGAUAGAAAUUCAGAUCAAGAACAUUGCCCGAGCGGCAUUUGCGCUGACCAAGGGAGGGUUGGUCAUCAUCAUGCAUAUGGAGACAGCUCUGAACUGCGCUGAACAAUUCGAUCAAGACUUCCAUGGCCGCGUGAGUGAUCGAUAA